CUUGUGAAUCUCAUUUUAAGGAGAGUGUCCCUAAAUUAUAAGCAUAAAGAGUCAUUUCUUCCCAACCCCUCAAUGGAGAAUCCUGUAGAACCAAAAUUUGAAGUACACUUAACAAGAAGCAGCAUUGUGAAGGCUGAGAGUCCCAUGCCCCACCCUCAUAUCCUCACACUCUCAAACCUUGACCUUCUCUCCGGCCGCUUUCCUGUGACAUACAUCUACUUUUAUAAGAAACCAGAGCUUCCCACUGAUGACUUCACAUCAAUAGUCAAGUCUCUCAAGACUUCUCUGGCCAGUGUCUUGAAUCUGUACUACCCCUUUGCCGGAAGAAUAAUUGAUGAUCCUAACACAAGGGAGCCCAAGAUCAUAUGUGACAACACCGGAGCCUUGAUUGUAGAAGCCAGUGCCAAUAUACCUUUACAAAAAUUUGACUUCUACAAUCUUGAUGAAUCCUUUACUGGGAAAUUAGUAUCUGUAAACUCAGAAUUUCCUUUGCAUGUCCAGGUAACACAUUACACUUGUGGAGGUGUGUCAAUUACAUUCACUUUCGAUCAUGCUCUAGGGGAUGCAAGUUCCUUCGGUAAAUUUCUCCUGUCAUGGUCUGAAAUUGCACGGAAGGAGGCGGUAUCUUGCAUCCCAGAUCACCGGAGAAAUCUCCGAGCACGUUGUCCUCCGACACACCACCCUUCUUUGGACCAAACCUUUGUGAAGUGCACUAUUGAAGAGAUCCAAAACGUGCCUAAUUUCAAUACCCUGCUCAAGCGCCUUUAUUACAUAGAUGCCUCAAGCAUUGAUCGGCUUCAGGACCUCGCCUGCGCUAAUGGUAAGAGAAAGACGAAAAUUGAGGCUUUCUCUGCGUAUAUAUGGAAGAUUAUGGUCGCUGCCUUGGAUAAGAAACAUGAGAAGUGCAACAUGGGGUGGUUGAUCGACGGACGAGGGAGGCUCGGCGCUGGAGACAAGAACCCCGCGUCGAAUUACAUAGGGAAUGUUCUGUCUUUGGGAAUCGGAGAGGCCAGCGUGAGAGAUUUAAAGGAGGGAACUUUAUCGGACGUUGCGGAGAAUGUUCAUGAGGUAAUCGCAAAAUCAACAAAAGAGGAUCAUUUCUUGGAUUUGAUCGAUUGGAUAGAGUGCCACCGGCCGGGAUUGAUGCUAUCGAGGGCGGUUCUGGGUCAAGGAGGCCCGACGGUUGUUCUGUCAUCCGGGCGGAGGUUUCCGGUGGCUGAACUGGACUUUGGGUUUGGAAGUCCGGUGUUGGGGACAGUUUAUUCGACCGUAGAGAGGAUAGGAGUGGGGUACUUGAACCAGAGACAAAGUGCUAGGAAUGAUGGGUCAUGGACUAUAUCGGCCAUCUUGUGGCCGGAACUGGCUGCAGCGUUGGAGUCAGAUUCAGUUUUCCAGCCAAUGUCUGCCACCCAUCUUUCAUUCUGACUCAACGUAAAAAAAUAGAACACCGAACAUUUAUGUAAACAAAAAGGUGUUGGAAGAAUAGGUGGGAUCGGACUUCUUAAUAUUGAGGGUUAUCCCUAAUUUAUAAUCUUGAGGGUUGUUUCUAAUGUAGCGGUUCUUGUUUUGCAGUUUAGAUUGCAAAACAAGAUUCUCUUCUUGUAAAUUAGGAAAAACCUAUGCUUGUCUUUUCUCUUCUUUGUUUCUGGCAUAUAAUUUAUGGAU